UUGCAAUUAAAAUGUUACAAUGUGAUGCCAGAAAAGUUGAGAUUUCUCAACACAAGUAGAAAUGUGAGAAUCUCAGUGAUAAUUAACGAGAAAUCUUCAGUCGAACAAUAAACCAGAGAAGAAAUCUGUAAGAAGGGAGUAGGAACGUUUCUCUCCACCCGGACCGUUUGCUGCCGCUGUUUUGCUCCGGUCGGAGCGGUUGGACAGCAGCACAUAAAAAAUGGCCACGCCCAUGGUAGAGCAACUGCCGACGGUUCGGGGCCGUUUGACGACUCUGUUCGUGAGGAAUCUCCCCGCAUCUGCGGUCGGCGAGCGGCUGGAGGAGAUUUACAGCGAACUAGGUCCGGUGAAACACUGCUUCGUGGUGAAGGAGAAAGGGAGUCAGACUUGUCGUGGUUUUGGGUACGUGACGUUUUCCCUUCCAGAAGACGCACAGAAAGCUCUGAAAGAGGUGAAAUUCUAUGAUGGCCAGAAACUCUCUGCUUCUCUCGCCAAGAAGAAACUUUUGGGAAAGAAAGAGGCCCCCAAGGAAGCUCCUAAAGUGAAUACUAAACAGCAAACGCUGAAGAAGUCGCAGAGGAAAGCAAGACUGAUUGUUCGAAACUUGAGCUUUAAGUGUUCAGAAGAUGACCUGAAGACUAUUUUCUCACGAUAUGGUACUGUGUUGGAGGUUCACAUCCCUACAAAAGAAGAUGGUAAGAUGCGAGGAUUUGCAUUUGUUCAGCUCAGGAACCUUCUGGAGGCUGGGAAAGCGUUGAAGGGAAUGAACCUGAAGGAGAUUAAGGGUCGUCCUGUGGCAGUGGACUGGGCAGUGGCGAAGGACAAGUACAGAGCAACAGUGAAUCUCAAGAGUGCAGGAGCUGAGGAUAAGGAAACUGAUCAGGAUACAGAUAUUGAUGAAGAGAGCGAGGAAGAAGAUGAUGAGGACUCUGGGACCCAGGAGGAAAAAGAAUCCAUUGAGGAACUGAAACCGAAUCUGCAGAGGAAAGCAGCACCCAAGAAGGGAUCAAUGAUGAGGGAGGAGGAGGAUACGACAGAAGAUGAAAUUGGUGAUGAUGAAGAUGUGUCAAAUGAAGAAGAUUCAGAGGAUAGUAAUUCAGAGUCAGAUGAUGAGGAUGAAAAGCCUGUGAAGAAGUUGAGAAAGUCCAAUCACCCAGCGGAUGUUCAUGAAGGGCGAACGAUCUUCAUCAGGAACCUGUCCUUUGACACUGAGGAAGAUACGCUGGGGGAGAUGUUGGAGCAGUUUGGAGACCUGAAGUAUGUUCGAGUUGUCAUGCACCAUGAUACAGAACACUCCAAAGGUUGUGCCUUUGCCCAGUUUGUGACUAAGGAGUCGGCACAGAAUUGUGUGGAGGCAGCAGAGAGCCAGUGCGAGAGCGGAGGCCUCUGGUUGGACAGGCGGAAGCUCACCGUGACAUUCGCGGUCAGUCGCGAAGAGGCCAAGAAGCUUGCCCAAAAGAAGACGAAGAAACCAACUGGAACACGGAACCUGUACCUGGCUCGAGAGGGUUUGAUUCGGGCUGGAAUGAAAUCGGCAGAGGGCAUGAGUGCUGCAGACAUUACCAAGAGAACACGGUUUGAGGAGCUGAAGCGUCAGAAGCUGAAGGACGUAAAUAUCUUUGUCUCGCAAACGAGGCUGUGCAUCCACAACAUUCCGAAGUCAGUGACCGACCAGCAGCUCCGGAAGCUUUGCUUAGAGGCCACGGGCAUGAAGGGCGUGCGGAUAAAGGAGUGUCGGAUCAUGCGGGACUUGCGGACAGCGAAGACAAAAGCGGGCGCUCGUUCUCUGGGCUAUGGGUUCGUAGAAUUCAUGGAACAUAGCCACUCCUUGACGGCUUUGCGCUACCUGAAUAAUAACCCGGACAUUUUUGGGCCAGAGAAGAGGCCAAUCGUGGAGUUCUCACUGGAAGAUCGGAGGAAGCUGAAAAUAAAAGAGAUGCGAGUGCAGCGCAACCUGAUGCAGCAGCUUAAAGCGGGAGCAAACACACAGGUGCAGACUGGGAAACUCAGUACACGUCCAAGCGACCAGCAGCAGACCAACCCCAAAACUGCACCUCAGCGCCACAAAACAUGGUCUGGAUUUUGUACCAAGCCCGAAGUUGAGGUAGAGGAGCUGGCCAACGGAAAGAAACGGAAGAAGGUGCUGCCUCUGCCAUCCCACCAAGGCCCCAAAAUCCGAAAGCGGGAUAAAGGGAAGCAACUGCAACCACAGCCCAAGAAAGUGAAAAUGCAGCUGAGCCGGGCAAGCAGAGGGAAAAAUGCAGUCAAGGUGAAGCAGGCACUUCCCAAGAAACAGGGCUCAAAGACUGACAAACGUGAACGGAACAAGGAAGAGAAGAGGUUUAACUCCCUGGUCGAACAGUACAAGAAGAAGCUGCUGGGCACAGCCCCUGCCUCCUGCCCCAUGAAAAAAAGCAAAUGGUUUCAGGAUUAGCGUGGGGGACGAAGAGCCUGGGCCCCACCUUGGACUGACUGUGGGACCAACCUGGGCUCCACUGCAGACUGACCGCAGGACCAACCUGGACUCUCCCUUGGACUGUCUGGGACCAACUUGUGCCCCACCUCAGAUUGACCGUAGGCCAGACCUGGGCCGUGGCUUGAAUUGGAGAUCUUGCAUAAGACACCUUUUAUGACCCAGACAUUAGGAGUCCCUCCUUAGUGGGAUUCUGUGGAGGUCAUGAGGUGGUCUGUAACGUCAUACUUAACUUCCUCACUAUUCAUAGGGAGGGUUCAGGUCAAUGCCAGGGGAGCUGUCACUGUUUGAGGGGGUUUUAAACUGGAGACCGCAGCCCAACCUGGAGGUUUGAGGGGGGGGUGGGGGGGUGAAUGGAAUGGCGGUGAUGUGCAUGUGUUUUGUGUUUGUGUUGCUGGUAUUUCUGCUGUCUACCCUUGCUUCCCUGAACCCCUAUCCCACCCAGCUGUCGAGUUGGAAGUUGCUGGGAGUUGAGGCUCGGUCUCAUUUCUCUGUAACCAAUACCAGCCCUUCAACACAGUAAGAAAAUAGCUGCCUUUGUUUUAGUUUAUUUUAAGUUUAAUAAUGUUAAUGUGGGAAAGGAACAGUUUUAAAUGAAUAAGCCACCUUAGCCGCAGCCCCUUACCAGUAACGAUCUGUCAUUUCCAGCUCCCUUGGUUUCAUUAUUGCUUCCUUCAGCUGCUUUGAUGCAGAUUGUGGAAUCCCUGAGCCUGAUCUGAAAUAUAAAUCUCUGUCCCCCUUCACUCCUGUAAGUCCCAGUUUGCGUAUGCUGAUGCUCUGAUUUAAACUCCCCUAACAGUAACAAUGCUAUGAGAGGAGAGAAGUGGGGUGGCGGGGGGAGGCUGGGUGUGGAGAAGGAGGUAAAGAAGUUAAUUUCACGGUGAAGGAGUCUAUGGAAUUGCAGUCAACUAAAGGUGAACAUUUUUGCAUCCUGGCUGCUGGUGAUAUGCAUCUGCCUGUGUAUCGUUGAGUAUAGCCUGUCCCAUGAGUGUGAGUGUGGAUUUGUAAAUGAAUGCCUUUCUCACUGAAAUGUCGUUACUAUUGUGAGCGUGAGGCUGUGUCAAGGGCAGCAUUUGCACUACGCUUGGAAUGUUAAGUGCCGGUUUGCACCUCGCACCAUUCUUGGAGUGAAUCUGUCAGGCAUCAGCCUGACGCAACAUGAAGCAGGGUGGGACUCCCUCGAGUUAAAUCAGGUCCUGACUCCAGAUUUACUUUACACCAGCUCAGUUCUGAAUGAAUCUGAUAUUGCAUCACAGCAGAACUAACUUGCAGUGUGUGUGCAGUUUAAACGUACAGACUCUAUCUUUGUACAAUACAAGUUAUUCGUAUAUUUCUA